AUGGAUUUUGACCUAGAGGAAGUUGACGAUAUCUGGGAGAGCGAAUUACUUUCAAAAUAUGGCGAAGACUGGGUCAAACUAUCCGAUUUUCUUAUCUCAGUAAACAACACUGAAUUCGAAGAUGUGCGUGAAGAAGUCAUGACGACAUUCCCCAAGAAGCUGGCGAAGAAACUUCCCGACGAAGCCGCGAGAUUGAAAAUGCUCCGCUUUGGCUUUUCAAAAAUGAGUGGCUUCAAGAAAUACGAAAGUAUCAUCAUCGAUUACUCGACGCAAAUCUCCCGAAUUUACGACUCUUGGGAUAGAAUACUCAGUACCAGCGAAAAUUGGCCCAAUCCAAGAUCAAUCAAAGCGGCGCUGAAUCUAAAUAAAGGAGCAACUGAGGAGGAACUCAAUGAGUUCGAGACGAAUCUCAAGGAAUACGUGACGACACCGACGUUCAGUCUUCCGCCGUCCUUUAGGCUUUUAUACAGGCUUUUCAACGGACAAUCAUGGGCAGUUGAUGGAAGAAUUGCCGCUACUCCGCUAUUUGGAGAGGUCGAUGUUUACGAGACGCAGAUUCUCCCAUUUAUGUUCAGCUUAGAGGCUAUCUUACUCUGGAUAGAAAGCCAAAUCGGGCGAUCAGAAGAAGACCUUGUUGCUCAAGGCUUCAUUCCUAUUGCUGCAAGCCCGCUCAAAUACAAUGGCCGCGCGUUGAUAUUCUACUUUGAUCCAAGUUCGGAGAAGAUUUUUACGCCGAGAAGGAAUGUCCGCGCGGACGAGUAUACAGGCGGCUACAUCAUUGCCCAGAACCCGUUAGAUUUACUCAAAUACGCGGCCGAUGUUGUGACAGACACAGCAGGAAGAAUCGAUCAACACGAAGUUUUAAGUGAGCUGUCAGGGUACAGGAAUCCUAUUUCGCUCGAUCAAGACGAUUUUAAUGUAACAGUCAGAACUGCGAUGAUUUUCCACGAGUCAUCAACGAACCCAGAUCAGUUUUACCAUGCUUAUGAGAUAACUCAAUCAAUGCGAUCGGACGCGCCACCGUCGAGUUCAAUGCGUCUCCAACGCCGUUACUGGAAGAUUGACGAUCUAGCUGGCAACGUAGACGAGGUUGACGGCCCUGGUGUUAUCGGCCAACACCCAGUACUCACUCCUGGCAAAAGCACACCCCGAUCAAUGCCUUCUGUUGCAAAACUGGUGAAAAGUUCGUGCAGCCAAAUGUGGAAAAUGGUCUUUCGCAAGAAACAUGUCAAGCGCACCCUUGAGCUUAUCGGGGCUGUCGCGAUCGUUUAUCUUAUGCUGGAAAUCCUGGAAGCCAAUACUCUAGGAAGGCCGGAACCAGCUUUCUAUGGAAACGAAGGGCCAAUGUACAUGCCUCCUCCAAAUAUGGGCGGUCCUCCAAUGGCCCCCAUGGCCGCCGAAAUUCCUCAAGCUCCUCCAGCCGCGCCAAUGGCCCCCGUGGAACCACCGAAGCCAAUUGUUCCCGUGGCACCAGCUGCACCCGCUGCUCCCAUCGUGCCCGUGAAUCCCGCUGUCCCUGCCGCCCCAGUCGCCGCUGCCGUCCCAGCUGCCCCCGUUGCCCCCGCCGUGCCCGCCGCACCAGCGGCCAUGGUCAACGACGAGCCCCUCAUUCAGAACACUGGUGAUUCACUGCCUGCCAUUCCGAAUCCUCGAAAUUGGUCAGUUUCAAAAUACGACAGCCCGCUCGAUUCCAAUUUCGAACGGGAACAGCCUCCAUUAGCCCAGAAUGAAUUUGUACAAGUCCCACAUGAACAAACCGCCAUCGACAUCGCGCCCAUUCCAGAACCAGAGCCACUUAACCUAGAUCUAAUAAAACACAUUGACCUCGGGAUCGAAUUGGACGAGCCCGUUUCUAUUUCGAGAGCAAAAUGGCCCGACGGCCCUGUAGCUGGUGGCUGGGCCGACCCGGACUAUGGCCGUCCCUAUAAGCAUGAUUUUCCGUGGUAUGAGGAUUACUACGAGAACCGAGACAUGCCCGCGCAGGUUGCUACAUCUGGCGAUCCCGGAUGGAUUCUGCCUAUGUUAUAUUUCGACAUGGGACCCAACAAUCUCUUCCGUCUCCUUCGACAGGGUGCUAUUACUGCCUACAACAUGGGGCGAGGUCUCACCGUCCCCGUCUUCCACAGGCAUCCUCGAAUGGGAGAUACUGCCAAGAACCCCUUCGUCCUUCCAAUUUUCGAUCAAAACUACACCGUCGAUCUUGUCUGGCCCGCCAACGAAACCAUCGAUGUUGGCAUGCUUAGAAAGAUUAUGCCUGUGCAGCCAAUGAAGGACAUGAUGAAUGGAUGCCAGAAGAAGCUCGAUCUGUUGAUCAAGUGCGGUGACAUUGAUGACAAACGUUACCAGGGAAUCAAUCAUUUCCAGCGCGCCAUUGAUAUGGAAGUCGCCGAGACAGUUACUAUUCCCACGAUGGCCGACCUCGAUCCCAAGUGCUGCGGCGAAGCGUGCGAUGCAAACCAGCCCGCCAAGAUGGACAUCGCCGACAAGAAGUGCGUCGGCAUCGUUUACGGCAAAAAAAAAGUCAUCGGAAACAGACCUUAUCUCUUUGUCCACUGGCGAUACGAAUCUGACUGGCUUGAUAUGUGCAAACCAUCUCGACCAAAGGGCGCCCGUGAGCGAAACAAAGAAAUCUGUAAGCUGAUUAUGGGACUCACCUACGACGAGGGUACCCGAAGCAUGUUCGUCAACAACCUCAAGGCGAAGAUGGCCGAAUACAAUUUAGAAGUUGUCUACCUCGCUUCACCACCUAAUAACAUCGAUUUGAUCCGGUUGUUGAACUCCUCCUUCCCCGGAAAUUUCUUCUACAUGGAUGACGUCGGACGCUAUUCGAAUAGUACCGGGGUUGGGCUCUAA